UAGACUGUGAAGGGGGCGUGCCGGUGCACCAGAUAUCCGCUGCUCCUCAACGGGCUUAACGUUAUGAUGUUUGAAAAGGUUUUUAAAUAAAAUUUGAAAGCACGUAAGAAAAAUCCUGCACUUGAUUCGGGUGAAGCAGACCAAACGGUGUCUGUCGUUUUGGUAAAAUCCAGAGUUUUUCAAUGAAUUGCACCAGGGUUCUUCAUAUCCUGAACCCAAGGCCAAUGCCAGGUCCAAUUAUGCCCGUGGAUGUGGCUAUGAGAAUCUGUUUGGCACACUCGCCACCUCUUCACAGUUUCUUUAGUUCAUAUGAGAACUAUCAGGAACUACAUAAGAGGUCCAGGAACUUAAUCCACCAGUACAAACCCCUGAGAUCCUGCAUCAGUUCCAGGACAGAAGUUGAAACAACAGACAUAGAAUGGAAGAAUCCCAAGACCAAAGCUAAGAAAAAUGUGGUUUUCGCUGAUUCCAAAGGCAUGUCAUUAACGGCAGUCCAUGUUUUCAAGGAAUUCGAGGAAGAUGCAUUAGACUUGCAGUUUGAAUUAACAGACCUGGAGGAAGCCAUCGUUGGCAUGAAAGUCGAAAAAGAUAAAAGUUUCGUUUUGGACUUCCCACUGCCAGCUGCAGAUUAUCUGGACUUCCGAAACCGUCUAAAGAAGAACCUGGUAUGUUUGGAAAACUGUGUGAUUCAAGAGCGAUUGCUCACCGGCACAGUGAAAGUUACCAAUCUGAGCUUUGAGAAAGUCGUCCAUGUUCGAAUAACAUUCGACUCGUGGAAAACUAACACUGACAUUCCUUGCACCUACAUGAAUAACGUUUAUGGUUGCGAAGACGUUGACACUUUCUCAUUUUCCAUCGACCUUCCGAGUUUUGUGCACCAAGAUGAGCGGGUAGAGUUCUGCGUAUCCUACAGAACAAACGAUACGACACACUGGGACAAUAAUGAUGGGAAAAAUUACAAGUUGAUACACACAGAGAACGAGCACAGUCAGGGCAACCACGUCAUGCAGACAACAACAGAUUUCAAGAAUCAAGCUAAACGGCCAGAGAUGGAGUUCGAUCAGUUCGGAAGCCCGAGGACAUCGAACGGCUUUUUCCCUGAGUGGCAGAGCUGGGGCCGCAUUGAGAACACCACACCCUACUGGUGACAUUAAAAAGGCCCACUGAUGCAUUGAUGAAACCGUGGUUAAAGCACAAAUGCAGACUAGUUGAAAUGAGACAUUUUGUCAUCCGAACAAAAGACCUUUUUUGGCCGUGUUUGUUUCUCAGACUGCAAAUUUCAAUGAGGUCGGUGAAUGAUUUCGGAUAUACACAUUAGAUACACUUAAUAUAGGGCUCCAUACUCGGGCUCCAAAAUAAUGCAAAAUUUGAGACCUAACCAUGUUAACACUAUUUGAUGCCAAUUACUGAAAUUAAAAAAUCUAAUUAUAUAGCACUUUACACAGUUUCCUAGAUCUGAGAGUGGAGUAAAACUGUAGUUAACAUAGAUGCCUUCCUACAUGUGAUUCUCAGUAAUUGUCAAUUUUACUGUAUUACAAUGGCAACAUAUUUCUAAAUAUCCUUGUUUGAAGUGAACAACAAGCAUUUGUUCCUAAAUGUAUUCUUCACUUUACUAUUUUGUUAGCUUGAAGGGUAAACAUUUUGGUUGAAAGCAUCAGGCUUACUCUCCUCUGAAGUCACUGCAUUUUGUUAAUCCUGCUUGUGAAAUGUGACCCAGUAAUGUCUAAUAAUAUAAGUUAUCCUUAAAAAUGAGAUGAACCAGUAUGAUUUUUUGUAAUGCUCAGAUUAUAAAAUGCAAUUUUCUGGUACAAUAUAAGAUUGCUUCAUAUUGAAGUUAUUUGUAUCUCAUUUCAUACUACCAGUUGAUCAGCCACUUUCUAGCGAAUAAAAUAAGCAUGACGCACUAUAAGGAAGUCCAUGAAAGAUAAUGAUGCCCAUUAAGUGCUAGAUUCCUACUACUGUACUUCCAGAAUUUCCUACGUCUGCUCUGCUUUUUAAAAGCUGCGCACUCAGUUGUAUUUUACACCUUUUUCCUGCAACAUUUUGCUGCUAUGGUUUUGUGUGUGUGCCUGUAUUUUUUGCUGCGUGGUUGAUGAUGUGUGUGGAAACUUCCAGUGUGUUUGGAUGGUAAACAAUGAGGGUCUUUGGAUGUAACUUUAUGGUAUUCAUAGUAAGUGAGGAAGAGUGGAGAAAUAAUAUAUAAUCCAGAAUGAGGUUAUUUGUCGCGUUUUCACGCUUGUUUCCCCUUUUCUGCUGCACUUGAUGUCAUGAUGUCGAUGGUUAAUAUUGAUUGUGAACUGUGAUGAACUCUGCUAGCUGCUGUAAUUGUUGAGAGGGAUUACGUAGGUUGAAUGUAAAAGAUGGUUUGCACAAGCUAUUGUUUAUGCCUACAUAUUUUUCUACUGCAAAGAUGUUUGCUUGGAAAAUUGUUGUAUUAUACUCUUUGUUCCUUUUAGAAAUAAAACCUAAUGUUUCUAUAA